AUGGCAGAAGAAGUGAAGGUUUUCAGGACAUGGUCAAGUCCAUAUGGUCUAAGAGUCAUCUGGGCACUGAAAUUGAAGGGUGUUGAGUUUGAAACAAUAUAUGAAGAUCUCUCCAACAAGAGCCCUUCGCUCUUGCAAUACAAUCCAGUCUACAAGAAGAUUCCUGUGCUUGUCCACAACGGUAAAGCCAUCUGUGAAUCACUAGUCAUUCUUGAAUACAUUGAAGAGACAUGGAAGCAAACUCCUUUGUUGCCUCAAGAUCCUCACCAGAAAGCCAACGCACGUUUUUGGGCCAAGUUUGGUGAUGAUAAGGUUUUCCAAUCAGUUGCGUGGGGUGUGUUCUUGAAGGAGGGAAAAGAGCAAGAAGAAGGGAUACCUGCAGCCUUGGAGAACUUAAAAUACUUAGAAGAUGAGCUAAAAGGAAAGAAAUUUUUCGGUGGGGAGACAAUUGGACUAGCAGAUCUUGCUUUAGGAUGGCUUGCUUAUUACCUUGAUAUCUUUGAGGAGGUAACAGGUCUAAAGCUGUUAGACGAGGAAAAAUUUCCAUCCUUAGCGGCAUGGAAGCAGGAAUUUGCAAAUGCGCCAAUCAUCCAUGAGAACUGGCCGGAUAGAGACAAGCUGAUCGACAAGUUUUCUGCCAUGAGUGCCGGCCUUUCAUGUUACAACUUACAAGAAUAUAAGAAUAAUGCAGAGAAGAAGCAAAUCACCUCUGAAUCUGAUAGUGAUUCCUGGUAUUGUAGUUUCCUGUAG